ACAAUCAGGGGAAAGUUCGUUCGCAGUUCCAGAAAAUAUGAAAUUUAAUGAACGAUAUGAAAUUGAAAAUUACAGUCAAAAUUGGCAUCCCUAAACAUUCUCCAGGCUUGAUAUUUGAAAUAAUCGAACUCGGAACGAUAGCUGGGGAAUAUGUUUCUCGAAUUAAAUUGAUGGUCUUCUAAUGAUUUCACACAGUAAUUUACGAUUCAUACAAAAUGUAGUAAGUUUCUAACAACAACACUAACACAUAAACAUUCCAGGAUGUUCCGUUGCGUGCUUUUGCCGGAUAUCUAGUUGUCGGAGCUGCACUGCGCCUGUCUGUGCAUGGACAUGGACGCUACGCGGAUACAAUAUUUGACAGCAAGUCUUCAAACAGGACCUUCGGCCAGAGUCGCCCAAUCGUCCUGUUUCCCCGCGUAGCAUAUCCUUUUUCACGGUGCCGUGAAAUGAUAAGUUUUGAAAUAGCACGAAAACCGCAUUCCCCAUCGCCAGUGAUAAAGUAAACCAUGGUUGGCCUAGCAACGGACGAUAUGGUCGUGCGGACGCAACAGCACCAGCAGCCGUCGCCAAACCGACAUUUAGGCGGUGGCCAGAGUGAGUUUCCCGUGUUUAUUCCGCCGAGAAAACGGCAAACAGGAAAGAAGACAAACCAUGGCAAUCAUAUCGAUCACAUCGUGAACAUACAGGGUACCCGUAAAGAGUGGGAUCUAACACCGGAACGAGAAGACUGUCGCAGAAAUAAGCGCUGGAACAGUGAGGAGAUUAUCGAAAUCAGCUCCACCGGCAAAGGGGGCCCGAUCGCGAACGGCACCAACGAGGACGAGGACGAUCUGAACGAGCUGCAGCACUUUCAUCCGCUCAAGGACAGCUCCACCGUGACGCCGAGCAGCAUCUCGGAGAGCAGUCUCGACCGGAAGUCGAGCAAGUCGGCCGAACUGCUUACCGGCGGCAGUGGCAAGCGGUCCAAAAAGCGGGUCAACAUUCGUACCGAUCUGGACGAAAUAGGACGGCGUCGGUCACCGUCGGCCAUCUGCAACUACGAAGACCUGGAGUCGGGCGAGACGAGCGUGCUGAACGCCGAGCUCGACCAGCAUAGCCUGGAGCGGUACAACACGAACCGCUCGUACGCUUCCUCCACCGAUAACUAUCUGACGAUGACGGGCACGAUCAAGCGUGGCCGUAAGAAGGGCCAAUCGAUCGAUGUGCAGCUAAACAUUUCGCGCGAAGAGCUGGAGCAAAUCAGCAAACAGGCGCUGGCCGUACAUAGCGAGUCUAGUCGCAGCGAACGAAGCUGCUGCACGCUGCGCACGGGAGUUCACAUCCUGCUGCUGUCGCUCGUCUGUCUGCCGUUCGUGACGCUAACGACCGGGAUCUACUCCUUCUACAUGGGCACCGUCACCUGGUACAACAUGUUCACGUACUUCAACGAGGAGCGAUCGUACUGCCACAAGCUGCUCAUGUCGCCGCUGCUCAUUCUGGCCUACCCGCUCGGCAUCGUGCUGUGUACGGUGGGGCUCGCGCUGUACGCUGGCAUCCGGCAGAUCAGUUUCCACUUUCGGGCUUGGCUGAACGAGAUCGCCGACAUCGAGAAAGGGUUCUACGGUUGGCUGUGCUCGUUUCUGCACCUGUCCGACUGCAGCCCCUACGAGGUGGUCAUUCUGACCGACAUCUGCCCUGCUAAUCCUGCGCCCGGCGGAACGGCAGAUCGGUCUACCGAUGGGUCGAUCCCGACCGGUGUGCGGGUCCAUCCGAGCGAUGGCCGGCUGCAGGGUGAGUCGACACAAAUCAAUUCUUCCACCGAGGAGCUUUCGGUUUGAAUGGUAGCCGGUUUAAGUGGUAAGUCGUAACGGUGUGUUUAUGUGUUUAAGCUCUUUCAUUUCUCGAUACAAUGUUUGAAUGUGCGUAAUUUGAUAAGCAGCAGCAGUGGCACGUGUUUGCUCUGUAGGGCAUUUCUAGGAAACAAAGGGACAGUUUAAAAAAGACGGCUUUUUUACAAACCAGAAACUAAACACACAUCAUAAGCAUUGUGACUAAAAGUGACUAAACGGUAGUGUAGUGUACUUGCUCUGCGUACUUUGCUAGUCAUUGCAGAGCCAAACUCUUCCCAUAAAGUAAUUUAUCUUAUGCGCUCGGCUAUACUAUCAGGCAGCAAGAAGCAAAACGUUUCCCUCACCUUUUAGCCCCAAUUCCGUAGAAAAAGGUGCGAGGGACCAAACUAUUCUAACGAGAAAACGAGGGCACGUGUAGCGAAAAACAAAAAGUCCAUAAAACCCUAAAAAGUACGUGUUACGACGCUUUUCUCGCCCAACUGCCGAACGAAUGUGUUCUAUUGCUUCACUAUCGAACUAUACAUAUGUUAGGUAGCUUUCUGCGCUAGCUUUCAAUUUAGUUGUUAAAUGUAAAAGUAAAAUCUCGAUCAAAUUAAAACAAAAAAUCAAAAAACAAGAAAACAAAAUUAAAACAAAA